AACAAGAAAUAUUUCAUCUCAUUACUAAUGGGGGGUUAGACGCGUUAGUAUAUCUGUGUCGGGCCACUCAGUCAUGUGACCUCCAUUUAUUAGGAACUACAGCAUUGGCUAGUCUUUCCGGAAAUGAAUCAUUUAAAUCUCAUAUUAUUAUGAAAGGAAGUCUUCCACAUUUGUAUCAACUCAUCCUAUUAUACUAUAAUAAAUCAGAACUAGAAACAUUAGAUUUAUCAGAUACUCUAAAAUUUUUGGAUUCCGUUUCGAGUGUUAUUUUAAAUAUUGCGAAUGUAUUGUAUUACUUGUCAAUCUCAGGAUCUUUAUGUCAACAGAUGUUAAUUGAUGAUAUAGCUUUAGAUGCUAUUCUAAAAUUAGCAGAUUUCCAAUUAGGAACAUUAUAUGAUGACGAUUCACCUGAAGAUGAUACGCUUCCUUCUUACGAAGAAAUACGUCUUCGUGUUGAAUUGGCUCGUAGUCUUGCAGCUAAAACUAUUUCAUGCCUUUCUACAUAUCAUGGAUUGGAUCGUUUAAUGCGUUUAUUGCAUUCAAAUAUUUAUGAAGUGCGAAAAUAUGCCGCAAAAUCAAUUGCAUAUUUAUCGCUUAGAAACGAUAAAUAUAAAUCUAUCUUAAUUAAAGAUGGUCGUGCUGAAUUGUUGACAUCCUUGAUUAAUCUUGAAGAUGAGCAAUCGCUAAAAGAUAAUCAAGUGGCAAUAUCACACGCCUGUUGUGCAAUG